AUGAAUACGUCUAUCGAUAAGUCCGGUUUCGAAGAGCUCUCCAAAAGAGCCCAACACAGAAACUCCAAUGUGCGAGACUCUCUUCCGCCUAAUCCCAGGAACGAUCAGUACUACCAUGACGAACCCAGAUAUGACCAGCACCGCUACGGUCGUACCCAGAAUCGCAACUCCCGCCGCCCAAACCAACAGCUCUCUGCCCCGGUUCGGCGCUCUCACCCCCGCUCGAAUCGCGAAGCUGUCAAUCGACGAGUCGAGCCCACGCGACAGACUGAUAUUGGGCCCAAGAUAGCUCCUAGUGCGCUCGAAGUGUUCACUAACGCCAACCAGACGGGGGCCUCAUACUGGCUCGACCGCGCCGCCAGGAUCAAUGAAAGGACACACGUCCCCAAGGAAAGACUCAAAGAACAGAAAAGGCAAUAUGAAGCCAAGGCCCUGGUGCGCUCCGCGAAAGCCAAAGCGGAGGUGAUGCAGCUGCUGGAUCACCAAGCACGCGAGUUGAGCAAGGCCUACACUGCAUUGAUCAUUCGAAUCUUGCAGGAAUCCCAUUCAAGGAGUAUGAACGCCAUGCGAUAA